GUUGUAGUCAUCGCCAUCGUCGUCGUCAUCGUCGCCGUAUCCGUCGUUGCCGUUGUCGUUCAUUUCUCUUUUACGUUUUUGGGAAAUAAACAUUCAAAAAGUUGAAACAACAAAAAUUCAACGAACAGUUCUUAUUGCUAAGUCUAAACCGCAGGACACUCUGGAGCGUCGUUUACUGUGUGUGUUGUGUGUUUUUUUCUUUCCCACUGGCUAAACGAGUAUUUAAAAAAGGAUAAAAUUUAUUUUUUCAAAAAUCGAAGAAUAUACGAGCCAAAAAAACCAACCGUUGAGGAUAACAAUGAGAACGUAAAGAAAAAAAUUCAAUACAAAAAACAAGUGAAAAAUAAAUAUUUUUGAAAACAAAGCCCAAGCCGUAUUGUAAACAAAAAAACCAACAAAAGUGUCUUUACCACAAAGCAAAAAAUUAAAAAUAAAUCGGGAAAAUAACCAAAGAAAUCAAAUUGGAUUUAUAAAGAAAAUCAAAAAAGCAUUCUUGUGUCCAAAAUCAAUGCCAACAAUACAAAAGGGUGCUUCCUCUAGUCUGGUAGUUAAAUUUGCUGAUACCGAAAAAGAAAGGCAAAUACGGCGUAUGCAACAAAUGGCCGGUCAUAUGAAUCUGCUUAAUCCAUUUGUCUUUAAUCAAUUUGGUCCAUAUGGAGCUUAUGCGCAGCAACAACAAGCUGCAUUAAUGGCUGCCGCUGCCACAGCCCCUGGUUCAUAUAUAAAUCCCAUGACUGCUUUGGCCACUCAAAUACCUCCGGGCAUUAAUGGUGCUGGCCAGCCUUCAUUACCCUCACCGACCAUGCCCAAUUUCCAGAUGGGCGCACAAACGCCCAAUGGCCAACCGGGCAGUGCUGCUGCAGCUGCAGCGGCUGCUGCCGCCGCUGAUGGUGUGUUUACAAAUGGUAUGCCACCACAGACACCAUAUCCAGGACAAUUGUACCUUUCAGCACCUUUACACUUAACCAUACCACCCCAAGGCCUGCAAAAUGGCGAAGCCGCAGCAUUACAACAUGCCUUUGCCACUGGCAUGCAACCAUUCCCUGGAGUUGCCUUCCCCGCCGUUUAUGGACAUAUUCCACAAGCUUUACCACCACCAAUUGCGGCGGUUGCACCCGCUCCACGUGAAGAUUUUCUGAUGUUCCCAGGAUGUUCGAUUUCCGGUCCCGAAGGAUGUAAUCUCUUCAUAUAUCAUUUGCCGCAAGAAUUCGGUGAUGCUGAGCUAAUGCAAAUGUUCCUGCCAUUUGGCAAUGUGAUCAGUUCGAAGGUGUUUAUUGAUCGGGCUACAAAUCAGAGCAAAUGUUUUGGUUUUGUUUCAUUUGAUAAUCCUGCCAGCGCUCAAGCUGCCAUUCAGGCCAUGAAUGGCUUCCAAAUCGGCAUGAAAAGACUGAAGGUACAAUUGAAACGGCCCAAAGAUGCCAGUCGACCCUAUUAACAAUCGGAGUUCCUUCAAAUGUUAAAUUGUUUUCAAUCGUCUUUAAAUCUACAAACCUUCACCAAAUUGUUUAUGCAGUUCUAUGUUUUACAAAUCGAUUCCUCCUCUUUAUCCUCGGCCGCCGGUAAUAACAAUACAACUACAGCCACGACCACCAACCACACCACUACCACCACCACAAAUUGCAACACUCCAACUCCAUCACAGUUGCCAUUGCCACUACCACUACCAACACCACCAUCAACAACAACAACACAAACUCAAGCCCGCCUUCUCCAACAACAGCAACAAAUACACCAUCAUUAUCAACCAUCGCCGCCACAUCAUCAUCAACCUUAUCAUCUGCAGCAGCAUAAUAUUUUGCUUCCCUGGCAGCGUUAGUAGCUGUGGAAAACGCUGUCCCACAACAAAAAAAUAUUGAAAAAAAUAACAAAAAAAAGAAGAUGUGGAAAAGAAGCGGGAAGUUAUCUUGGUAUUUCAACAAUACAUUUAACACUCAAAAUAGACACAGAUCCAGUAUGGAAAUAAAAUUCCUGUCAUUAUUACACAUAUAUUCUACAUAUAUAGCAAAUAUAAUUUACACACGGAGCUAAAACAACCCUAAACUGAAGUUAAGCAGAAUCCAAGCGGAAUAAACGCCGAAGUAUAACAACAACAACAAACAAACAACAGCAACUCGAAAAUCAUAAAUAAAGAAAACACUGAACUUAUUACUUAACAUACAAAAUGAACAACAAUUUUUUGCCAAAAAGAAAAUAAUGAAAAUAUAUAUUAUUAUAUAUAUACAUACACAAGUCAAGUAGUAUAUAUAUAUAUAGAGAAAGAGAGAAGCAAAGCUGGAUGGAGCAAGCAAACAAUAAGUAACCCCUCCCCCGAAAAAAAAAAAAAUAAAUAAUAAAAUGCUACAUAGAAAGAACUCAUGCAGUUAGAUGCAGAAGAAAAUUACAUUUUUUUGUUAUACCACAAAGAGGAAGAAUUUAAAAAAAAAUAUUAUAAAAAAAUGUCAAAAAAAAUAUAUAAUUUUUAUUUUAUUAAAGAAAAAUAAAAUACAAAACAAAUAAUGAUAUAUAUAUUAAAGAAAAUAAAAUGACUGGCAAGUGACCAAAAACGAUCUGGGUUUUCAAACAACAAAAAAUAAAAAAAAAAAAAUAUUUAAAAAAUAAAUAACAAAAAAAAAUAAUUUUUAUACAAACCAAAAACAAAAGAAAAACAACAUUAUAAUGGGAAUUUAUAAGAAAUGAUAUAAUAUUGCGAGAAAAAAAACAAAACAAAAACAAAUACAAGUAGAAAAUUAAACCAAACAACAACAAAAACUAAUUUUACAAAAUUAUUAAAAAACAACAACAACAAAUGGAUACUUAUCAAAAGCAAACCAAACAACUGAUAAAGAAUAUUAAAACAAAUUGUUGAUUUAAAAAUUAUAUUAAAAACAAAAUAAUAAUUAUUAACAAAAAAAAAAUAAA